AUGGCCAAGGUUCGAGACGAGUACUGGAUCCCACGACUACGAAGAAUGGCUAGACGAGUGAGAAAGAACUGCUUUGGAUGCAAACGGUUCCACGCAACACGACUACCAAACCCCCAACCGGGAAAGUUACCCAAAGACCGAUCGUCAGGCGAGUUACCAUUCCAAGUCGUAGGAGUCGAUUACGCGGGCCCGAUCAGAUAUCGUGCAGGAAACAAGCAAGAACGUAAAGCCUACAUCCUAGUCUACGCCUGCUCUUUGACACGCGCGCUAUACCUCGAGGUGACGAAAACUCUGAGCACGGAAGAAUUCCUUAAUACCUUAAAAAGAUUUAUAGCGAGAAAGGGACGGCCCGAGAAAAUAUAUUCAGACAAUGCGAAGACGUUUGUUGCUGGAGCGAAGUGGCUAAAACGAAUUAUGCAGGACGAGAGAUUCAACGAUGAGUUGGCGAAGAUGGCAAUCAAGUGGCAGUUCAACCUAAGUCGAGCACCUUGGUGGGGUGGGCAGUAUGAAAGAUUGAUAGGUCUUAUCAAACAAGCGCUGUACAAAUCUAUCGGUAACGGUCAUCUCACUGGUACAGAGUUGGAAGAAGUGAUAUUGGACAUUGAGAGCAAAGAAAUCAACACAUCGAAGAUGACGAUCUGCGGAAACGAGCAAGGUACAUCAAACGGUGCAAAGACGUCCUGUGGAAGAGAUGGUGAAGAAAAUAGAGGGAAAUGGAGAUUGGGUAUCGUGCAAAGCCUCAUCACGGGUAAGGAUGGAAUCGUGCAAGGAGCGAGACUGCAAGUUGGACAAAGCAACAUUGAACGAGCAGUUCAACACUUGUACCCGAUGGAGCUUUCGUGUGACGCAGAACUAAAACCGGCAACUUCAAAACUUAGAGCUGAUGUUCCAGAGUUCCGACCAAAACGAAACGCUGCAGCGAUAGCAGAGUGUCGCAUCAAGGACAUUGGCGAAAACGAAGAUGAUUAG